UUCAUAUAUUAUUAUUAUAAGCGCGGAAUAAAAUCUGUAACAAGCAGAUAAAGCAAGCACAGAACAGAAUAUAGGUACGUAGAGGUAGAGUCGGAGACAAACGCAGAAUCAAUCGCCGGAAUAUUCCAUUUACUUUUCAGGGGAAAAAGGAAUUAUUUAAUUUUUAGAUAUAUAUAAAACAAUCUUUUUGAUUGUGAGUGGUGAUGCCGUACCUUGUCCGGGAGAAUCUAUUCAUCGGCAAUAUUAGCGACGCGGCAGAGAUUCUCCAAAAAGGCAGUGAUGAGAUCACUCAUAUUUUAUCAGUCUUGAGUUCUCCAUCAAUAUCAUUUUUUGCUGAAUGGCGAAGUGGUCUUACUAUUCCCGCUAAGGAGAUUAAGAAGGUAUAUGUUGAUAGGUCUGAUGGGUUGAAGAGUUGUUUGUUGCCUGACAAGCUUUUAUAUUCGUUGGAGUACGCGGGAAAGGAUUUGAAGCUGGUGAGGAUGACAGUGCCAAUUAGAGAUAUGGAGAGUGAGAAUUUGUUGGAUUAUUUGGACCUGUGUUUGGAUUUCAUUGAUCAGAGUAGAAAAGAGGGGUCUGUUUUGGUUCAUUGCUUUGCUGGUGUUUCAAGAAGUGCAGCUAUCAUUACAGCAUAUUUGAUGAGAACUGAACAACUAUCUCAAGAAGAUGCUCUUGAAUCCCUAAAAGAAAGCUGUGAGUUUGUUUGCCCCAAUGAUGGAUUUCUAGAACAGUUGAAAAUGUUUGAGGAAAUGGGCUUCAAGGUCGACCAUGCAAGUCCCAUAUACAAGCGCUUUCGUCUGAAAGUAUUGGGUGAUUCUUAUAACCGUGGAGAGAGGGUGGACAGUUCUAAAUUUGGGGCUGAUCCAGGCCUGCCAACCAAUAUUUCCUCUGAAGUGGAAGCAUCCUCAAAUGGUGGAAAUAAGCACUCAACAGCAUACCGCUGCAAGAAAUGCCGAAGAGUUGUUGCAUUACAGGAGAAUGUGGUGGAUCACAUUCCAGGAGAGGGUGAGACAUCCUUUUCAUGGAACAAGCGGAGAAGUGGCAAUCCCUUUAACAAAUCUGAUGAGCCUGAGUGUUCAUCUAUCUUUGUUGAGCCUCUACGGUGGAUGACAGCAGUUGAGGAAGGUGCGUUAGAGGGCAAGUUGUCAUGCAUUCAUUGUGAAUCUCGCUUGGGUUACUUCAAUUGGUCUGGUAUCCAAUGCAGUUGUGGGAGUUGGAUUACCCCAGCCUUUCAGAUCCAUAAGGGUCGAGUUGACAUCAGCAGCGUCUAAUAUGCUUUGAUCCAUAAAGUACUGUGAACUUAUUUCCAAGUGCAGAAAUGCUCAAAUUCUGAAUAGAAAGGAUACUGAGUCAGAAUAUUAUGUCCUGACAAUCUGCAUCCACACAACAAAACUUUUGGAAAAUUGGAUCUGGUGAUUUGUAACUCGAGGAGGUAAAUGUCUUCUACUGGUAGUAUGAUCAUGAUAUCAUAUAUUGCUGGAGCAAUUUGGUUGAAUAUAUAUAAAUUUUUACUCUUAGGGUUUGUGCAUUUAUUUUUGGUUUCUAAACUGUCUUUUAAGAGAUGGGUGGGAAGGGUUCAGCUUUUACUUUUAAUAUCAUGCGUUGAUGUACUUCAAUUAUCUUCCUUCAUUGAGUGGCCCUUAGGGUUUUUUCAUUAUUUUAUUUUUGCAUCAUCAGCAGUGUCUUGUUGCUCAUUUGUUCUGUAUCACUAACGUUAUUUUAUGUACUUGAUGUGCACCUCUCCCAAGCAAAAUAAAAAUUUUUCAACAGCUAA